GUUUGGUAAAAUUGGUUGAUCCGUGAGUUUGAUUCUCAGAUGCGUCUGCCAGCAUAAAAUCACUUCCUCACCCGCUCUCCCACUCGCCAUAGAUGAGCUUACUAGGGUUCAGCAGAUUCAUCUCUUCUUCUCCUUCUUGUUCUUCUCCUUCCGCGACCCUCGGGCGCUCCUCCUCUCUCUUUCCGUCUCUGCGUCUCCUACAUCAGCCCUCUUUGCAUCUUGGGAGGUCCGUCUUCUCAGGGAAGAAGAUAUCAAAUUUAAGUGUUCAAAACCUUUCCUUUAAGUCUGAGACGUCAGUGACUGAAGCCAUGGAGCCACAUAAGGAAGUACCAGAAGUAAAUCGCAAUCUUUAUCCACACAUAGAACCAUACAGCACAGGUUUCUUGAAGGUUUCGGACAUUCAUACAAUCUAUUGGGAGCAGUCAGGAAAUCCGGGUGGAUAUCCAGUUGUGUUUCUUCAUGGGGGUCCUGGGGGUGGGACAGCUCCAAGUAAUCGUAGAUUUUUUGACCCCGAGUUUUACCGGAUUGUACUAUUUGACCAGCGCGGAGCUGGAAAAAGCACACCUCAUGCUUGCCUGGAAGAGAACACCACAUGGGACCUUAUCUCUGACACCGAGAAGCUGAGGGAACAUUUGGAAAUUCCAGAAUGGCAGGUUUUUGGUGGGUCAUGGGGAAGUACACUCGCCCUUGCAUACAGCCAAUCACACCCUGAAAAAGUUACUGGGCUUGUCUUAAGGGGAAUAUUUCUCUUGCGUAAGAAAGAACUUGAUUGGUUUUAUGAAGGUGGUGCUGCUGCAAUAUAUCCAGAUGCCUGGGAACCAUUUCGUGAUCUCAUUCCUGAAAAUGAGAGGCAAUGCUUCAUUAGUGCCUACAGCAAGAGAUUGAACUCUGACAAUAUGGAUACACAGUAUGCAGCUGCUAGAGCCUGGACCACGUGGGAAAUGAUGACUGCGCAUCUUCAUCCAAAUGAAGAGAACAUAAAAAGAGGAGAUGAUGAUAAAUUUUCGCUAGCAUUUGCAAGGAUUGAAAAUCAUUACUUUGUGAACAAGGGAUUCUUUCCAAACGAUUCAUUCCUGCUGGAUAAUAUUGAUAAGAUCAGGCAUAUUAACACUGUAAUUGUGCAGGGAAGAUAUGAUGUCUGCUGCCCAAUGAUGUCUGCUUGGGAUCUUCAUAAAGCAUGGCCCGAGGCAGAUUUUCGGGUUGUUCAAGAUGCAGGGCAUUCCGCAAAUGAGCCCGGCAUAGCAGCAGAGCUCGUGGCUGCAAAUGAGAAAUUCAAGAAUGCUAUUAAGAACAGAGGUCUGUGAAAAUUGACGACGAAGAUUUCGGUGUGAAUAAUAACAAUGGGGAUGUUCACUAUCUUGGAAUGCUUGAUUCCCAUUAGUGAGACUAAUCAUAUGUCCAUAGUAGUUUUGCCUUGCCCAUGAUGGGGUUUCCUGCUCGUAUGCAGUCUCCAAUAAAGUCUGCAACUUAUCUCAGCACAA